AUGGCGCCAAAAAUGACCAAGAAUCAGAUGCGGCGAGCUAAGAAAAAGGAGCAGAAGAAGGCAGCACAGGAGACUCCAACAGCAGAAGCAGAUGGCCACAAAGAUCCAGAAGUAAAGGUCGAGGAAACUGAUGCAACUGAGCUUACCGAAACCACCAAGCCCAUUGAAGAACCCAAAAAGGUUGAUGAAGAUCCUUUGGAAGCAGAUCUUACAGGGUUUAAUAUCAGUGAAGAUGAUCCUAACUUUGCUAUGUUCAAAGAUAUUAUGGAUAGAUUUGGUGUUACCGCUGAAGAAGACCAGGCUGCGAAAGAUGCAGACAUUGGCGACAAGGGCGAAGUUUUCUUCGAUGAGGACGACGAGAUCCCGGACGAGGACGAAGAGGCAGACAAAGAACCCAAAUUAUCCAAGAAGAAAAGAAAGGAGAGAGACAAGCUUUCUGUUGCGGAAUUGAAAGCUCUUGUGAAGAAGCCAGAGCUUGUGGACUGGACAGAUACCUCAGCCUCAGAUCCUCGAUUACUUGUUCACAUAAAAUCAUACCGAAAUGUCGUACCGGUACCGAACCACUGGUCCCUCAAGCGCGAGUAUUUAUCGUCAAAACGUGGUGUUGAGAAGCCUCCCUUUUCUCUCCCUAAAUUCAUUCAAGAGACUGGUAUUGCUGAAAUGCGCGACGCAGUAUUGGAAAAACAGGAUGGAGCUAGUUUGAAACAGAAGCAACGGGAGAGGGUCCAGCCGAAAAUGGGAAAAUUGGAUAUUGAUUAUCAAAAGUUGUAUGAAGCCUUCUUCCGGUUUCAAACAAAGCCGGAACUAACACGCUAUGGUGAGGUUUACUACGAGGGAAAGGAAUACGAGACGAAUUUACGACAUUUGCGCCCUGGAGAGUUGAGUGAUGACCUUAAGGAUGCGCUAAAUAUACCACCCGGAGCCCCACCUCCAUGGCUCAUCAACCAACAACGUUUCGGCCCACCCCCUUCAUACCCCUCACUCAAAAUUCCUGGCUUGAAUGCACCACCUCCACCGGGUGGCGCGUGGGGAUUUCAUCCUGGUGGUUAUGGAAAACCCCCCGUUGAUGAGUUCAAUCGACCUCUUUAUGGAGGAGAUAUCUUUGGUGUCCUUCAACCACAAGUUAACAAUCAAGCAGGUGAACCUAUUGAACGAACACUGUGGGGUGAGUUACAAGCACCUGAAGAGGAGUCCGAAGAAGAAGAAGAGAGUGACGAGGAAGAAGAGGAAGGUGACGAGGAGGACGUGGGUGGUUUACAGACGCCUAGUGGCAUGGAAACGCCAGGUGGCAUGGCUUCAACUGUACCAUCAGAGUACCCUGGUGAAAUGAGUGUCGGUGGUGACUUUGAUCUCCGCAAGCAAAAGAGGGGGACCGAGACCGAAGAGUCCACCCACCCGAGAUCUGCCUAUACUGUCAUCCCUGAACGCCAAAUUCGUGCUGAAGGGUUCUUUGGCGGUGAAAGAGCUUACGAUGUUCGUGCCGGUCAAAACGCCCAUUUGCCAGUACUAGGACAAGAAGAUACUAGGAAGAGAAAGAAGCCAGGAGAUGUAGAUGUUGCAUUGGAUCCAGAUUCUUUACAAAAUGAGGAUGGUAUAAGUAAAGAAGAAGUGAAACGAAGAUUUGAGGCUCAAAAGAAAGAGGAACGAGGAGCUUGGCAAUAUGACGAAGACUUAAGUGAUAUGAUCGCUCAGGAGAGUAGGAAGAAGCAAAAGAGAGAUGAAGAAAAGCGAGGCGAGAAAAGAGAAAGAUCCUACAGAUUUUAA